CAACUAACAACGGAUGAAUAAUUUAUUUUCAGGAUUUGACUAACAUAAUGAGCACCAAAGACCGUUAUUGGCUGGUCUUGGGUGGAGUUAUGGGGGUACUGGUGUCCCUGAAGAUCUGGGACAACCUUGAGCUAUUCCUUUUCUUCGUGUCUAUCAUGGCUACAAUCAUGCUCUCAGCGUUGGGCUACGUAACUCUGCGUUUGCGAUGCUCCCGUCCAAUCCGAUCGGUAGACUUUCUGCCCAAAUCUGUAUUGGAAAUGCAAAGACUCCUAUUGGAUCAGAGUGGCCUCGGAGAAGGGUCUGGUGUUCAAGAGGAAAAAGCUGCGCCCAAAAUCUCUCGGAACAUCGAUCAGGCUUUGAACGAUAUCUUGGAUUUGGCCUCGAAGGAUUACGUUUUCUAUUGGUUUGGCCAUCUUAUGAUGAAUCAGUCAAUCUCCGAGGAGAAGCUAAAAAGAGACCUGUGGCAUGUGAUAUCCAGUCUCAAAGACCGAGUAGCUAAUACGGAUCAUGUCAAGAUUCUAGCCAUUGAUCUCGUCAAGAGGGUUUGUUGCCAUUUCGAGAAGAUUCGUCUAAUUCAGGAGAAUCGCCCAUCGUCUUCAAAGCAAGCUCCAAACUUUCAUGUAUCACCUCAUCUCAUGUCCACGGAACGAGAGAUGGAAUAUUUGGGUAAAGUGUCCGAAGCUCUCAUCAUCUUCCUUUUUCCCUCCUCUUAUGGAUCUUGUUUACCCAUUCGACAUAUUCUCCGGGAAGUCUUCGCUCGCCAUCUUCUUUAUCCGGCCAUUGAUCUGAUUACCAACCCAGAUUCGAUUAAUGUUAAGAUUCUGUCGUGGAUACAAAAGAAUCAAUCUGUCAAAGAAAUGGACAAGAAGACCUUUAUUUAUGCCGAUUCGUUUGAAGAAUUCGUCACCAUGAUCACGACCACUAAUGACAUAGCCGAAAUCAAACAAAUGAGGUACAACAUUCUAACAGAAAUCAUGCAAGCCACGACCAUGAACAAUCUCAGGAAAGCCAAAGGCUCCAUUCCUCAUCUGCCAGACGAAGGCCUGGGAGGCUCGAGAUCCAAAAAGGCCCAUUUAAUGAGUCCUCAGAACAUGAAGCGAUACAUCAAUCAGAUGGUCCAUGUCAAGGGUGUUUGUGAGAAGCGGUUGAACGAAUUGGGUUGCGAUCGCUUAGGAAGGGAGGUUCAAGAAUUCCGCGAGAACGAAUCCUUGUCAUUUGAUCGGGUAAUGCAUUCGCCCCUGACUAGAAAAUACUUUUACUCCUACUUGGAGGAAGAGCAUCAUGAAGAGCUUUUAGGAUUUUGGGCGGCAGUUGAAGAGCUCAAAGGGGCGGAUAAGACAUUGUGGCACCAAUUAGGAACGGAGAUCUUUUACGGAUACAUCAAUAAACCUUCAUCCUUAGUGUCUGUGCAAAGACCAUUAAUGAAACGCAUCGAAGCUUUCCUCAUCGGAGAUGACGGACCAGAGGUCUUUUUUGAGCUCCAAGCCUCGGUCAUGAUAUCGUUACAGGAAACAUACUUCCCUGCGUUUCUCUUUUCCGACAAGUGCUAUCUAAUGCUGGAAGAGAUUCAGGAGAUGGAAGAUAUUCAAGGUGAUCCGGACAAAGAUCGAGACUCGUCGGAAUCUCGCGAAAACAGUUCGAGUACGAACAAGCCCGAACCCAUAGGUCAAACCAUUUCCAAUUAUUCCGGAUUUGCGAAAUCUCAUUUGGAUCAUGUCUCCGAGAAACUUCAGAACAAGCUUCAAGCUCUCACAGCUCUGAAGAGUUCCCUCAAACCGGAAUCGAAGGUCCUGGCCAUGCUCCAAUCCGAAGUGGAUGGCUUAAAAAUCGAACACAAGGAGGUGAAAAACCACAUUACACGUACAGAAGCGUGGGCGGAGCAUUUAGGCCGAUGGCGAUGUCACGUGCAAGCUGUGGAACAAAAUGAAGACAAAGAAACUCUCCAAGCCUAUUUGAUCAUUCAUAUUCCUCUCAAACGCGAGGAUUCCGAACCAUCACCUCUCGAAUUCCGAGACUCUGAGGGAUUUUCCUCUUCCACGGCUUGGUCAUGCAUUCGAAAGGUGACUGAGUUUCAUAAUCUGCAAAGAGAGCUCGUCCCCUAUGUUCCUUGGAUAAAGAACCUGGAACUACCCUCGAACUCGAAGUCAAUCUUUUCUCGAAAUUCGAACAACCGCGCCGCUUUGGAGAAGGCCCGAGUGGUUAUUCAACGUUACAUGGAUAGCGUACUCGCUAACGAGCAUCUAAAUCAAAGUGAGAUCGUUUACGCGUUCCUGAGUCCAAGUCCACAAUAUCUCAAAACCAUGAGACCCUUAUCGCCCACUAUAUCGGGAAAUAGCAAAAGCAAUUUCUCUCCUUUCUCAAACUUCUUCAACAACAAAAGUGCGGAGGCUACCAAGAAAGAGGAUCUAACCGAAGAGGAAUUCUGGUUAGAUGAAUUAGAUUCAAGCAACCGGAACGAAGAUAAUGGGAAAGAUGUGAUUGCGGAGUCAUUGUACGGAUUGAUUGGAGAAGUAUUUGAUAUGAGAGGUGUUUUCAAGUGGAUGAGAAAGUCACUGAUGACCUUUGUUCAAAUCACUUAUGGAAGCACGAUCAAUCGUCAAGUCCGGGAAACCGUAGGUUGGCUCACGUCCGAGCAAAUGAUUCUCUAUUAUCUGCAUUCAUUUAAGAAAUCGUUCUGGCCUUUGGAAUCUAAGAACAGUCCCCCGGAACGGACCGCAAAUCAGAAGCUCCAUAUUCGCCAAGAAGCAAAAGAAGCUCUCUUGCAUAACAUUCCGGAGGUUCUCGUGAAUCUUGUGGGUCAACAAGCAGCGGUCAAUGGAACCACGAAAGUUUUCGAGGUGCUUCAAAAUGCCACAUUGAACCGUCAGCUUCUCUACGAUGUGUUUGAGUCACUCAUGUUUGAGUUCUUCCCGGAAUUACUUCAAAGUCAUUCCGCCCAACAAAUCAAAAGCUUUUCAAUGUAAAAAAAAAAAAAUCUGUCAAAGCUAUCAUUUAUGACUAUUUUCAGUGUACCCAAAGUUAGAGAUCCUAUCCAAGUCAGAAUUGUGAAAUAAGACCCCUCCCCUCCCCUUUCUCCCUGGAUUGUGCAUGUACGUGUACGUUUCUAGAUAUUGAUCAAACGAUUCCUAGCUUAGACAAAAGAAACUCUUCUCCUAAAACAUGGCAAAGUUAUCCGAAGCCAUGGGGCAUUUGUGGAACAAUUUGAACGAUCUUUGUGAGAAGGACCCUCAAAAAUAUGAGGAAUUUAUGACCAAUGCAUCUCAAGAACAUGAUAAAUUGUCCUCCAGCCCUGAACCUCAUUCUUGUUUUGAGAUAUUUUGUGACAAGGUAUUGUUCGUUCUACUAUUGCUUGCACGUAAUAACAAUUGUGAUCAUUUGAUGAAACCCAUCCUAGUCAUGCAAACAUACGUGAUCAACAUGUAAAUAACCCCCUUGUUGUUUCAAUGUUAGCAACUAACUUACCAUAAAUAUAUUAAUUCUUAUCAAUAGA